CAGUGCUAAAAAGAGCACUGCCCCCUGUGUGUCAACAUGUCAAUUCGAGGUGACGUGCGGGUCCAGAGCAUACUUAUACACGGUGAUGGAGCUAUCGCAACAGGUGUUGCAGGGCUGUCCAACUCAAAGUGCUGGCGAGCGGAACAGCGAAGUUGGGGUGCGGUCAUCUCGAAGUUAGCGCCUGGCCAAUGAAUCGGGUUCUUGGCUGUGUGUGCCUUGUUGAAAAGUCGGUUUGACUAUUCAACAAGUCCUCUUUCGUAGUACUUCCAACAUGACCGAACAAGCAAGCAGUGAUAGCACCCCGGCUUUACCAGCCAAAGCCAUGUCGAAUGGCAUUCCUCCCCGCUUCGACCUGCCGAUACCUGACCGAGCGGACACCAUAACGGACAACGUCCUCAAGCUUGCCGAGGCAACACCAAAUCCACGGCUGAGGUUCAUCUUCCAAACCCUCAUCAAGCACCUUCAUGGAUUUGUCAAUGAAACCGACCUCACUACAGAGGAGUGGAUGACAGCCAUCCAGUUCCUGACCCGCGUGGGGCAGACGCACACUUCUUCCCGUCCAGAAAUGAACACCCUCUCAUCGGUGCUUGGGGUUUCGGCCUUGGUUGAUGCUCUUAAUAAUCCUGUGGAAGGAAACGCCACUGAAAGCACAUUGCUCGGCCCUUUCUACACCGACGAUACUGCGCACAUUGCGAACGGUGAAGGUAUUGCAUCCGAGGGCAAAGGAGAGUACAUGUAUGUCGAGGGCCAAGUCGUAACUACGGAAGGAGUGCCGAUACCAGGGGCCAUCAUCGAUGCGUGGGAGUCGGACUCAGAUGGCUUUUAUGACAUGCAAUUUAGCAACCGCUCUCACCCCGAUUGUCGCGGACGUCUUCAAUGCGCCAACGACGGAAGUUUUGGUUUCCGUGCUGUAGUACCAGCUCCUUAUCCUAUUCCCGGAGAUGGACCAGUGAGCGAGCUUCUGCUUGCCAUGAAUCGUCACAAUAUGCGUCCUAGUCAUUUGCAUAUCAUGGUAGAGGCACCUGGAUAUCGCAAACUUGUCACUGCAUUCUUUCCGGAAGGUUGCAAAUACAUUCAAAGUGACAGUGUAUUUGGGAUCAAGAAAUCUCUUAUAGUUAAACUGGAGCAUAUCGAUGAUGAAGGGGAAACUCGCAAACGAGGGUUCCCUACGGGUGCCUCUUUCAAGCUCAUGCGAUUGAGGAUCGUCAUGCUGACGAACGAACAAUUCAAAUCUUACCGAGCCAAGAAUGCGGAAUCGAAAAGAACGGCGUGAUACCGGUGCAAUUAGCAUGAAUGGAUGAGAUUUCGAUGAAUACCCAAGAAGCAGCGGUGUUGUUCUGUAUACGUUUUGCCAGACAUUCUUACUGCUAUCAUACGGGAACCUUGCUUGACCCUCUCAUCACCGCUACAUGAAAUGCUGGGCAGCAGCAACGGUAAC